CAUUUAUAUCUUAGUACAUAACCGUAUAUUUUAAGUUAUAAUGAUGUUUUCAAGGAAUACACUACCGGUUUGAAGAUUCAAAGCAUGGAACUAUGUGACUACAAAAACCCUGGAAGUGUAAGAUACUUAAAAUAUGAACUAGUAAAUAGAUCUACAAGAGCAUUAUCCAUCAAAAUGGUACUGACAUCGCCUCUUGACUCCAAUGUUGCGAUGAAGAUAGAAGUUGAAAAAUGGGGAUCUUCAGGUUGGACUAAAAUUCCAUAUCUGCCUGUACUACCGAAUGCUUGUGACACGAUGAGGAGAUUCUUUAGUUUCUAUACGACAAAAAUUUGGAGAGAAAUGGGUGUGAAGGAUCCUGACAGGUGCCCUAUUCCCCCGGGAGAAUAUAGCGUGAAGAAUUUCAUCAUUAUGGCUCCCGAAGCCGACCCGCUAGCAGUACCUGUGCGCGGAAGAGUACGUGUUACAAUAUCACUUGUCGAUAUGACUACCAAAAAUAAUAUUCUGUGUAUAAUUAUGUAUGGAGGAUAA